GGCAGGGCUCUCUAGGGAAGCUGUGAAAGGUUUGGGAGAGCAACUGUAUGUAGGUAAGGAAGAGAGAAUUGUCCAGAUCCAUGUUACAGGAUGACAGGAAGCAGGUAGAGUUGGAGACUCUAAAUAUGGCCAGGGAAGAGCCGCUCUGAAGGGAGAGGGGAGCCCAAGGACAGGAGACCGAGAUGCCGUGGACCCCAGAGCAGCCCUCGGGGCACAUGGAAGGGCCGCCUGCGUCGGAGUCGGCCUCGUGGCCCCCGCUGCCCUGCGGGCCUUGCAUCCCCAUCAUGCUGGGCCUGGCCAUGCUGGCCGCCCUCUUCCUCCUCACCACGGCUGUGCUGGCCGAGCGCCUGUUCCGCCGCUCUCUGCGACCCGGCCCCAGCCCCCGCCCGCCCACCCUGGUCUGGCGCCCCGGAGGAGAGCUGUGGAUCGAGCCCACCGGCACCCCCCGGGAGCGCUCCGAGGACUGGUACGGCUCCGAGGUGCCCCUGCUGAUGGACCACGCCCCGGACCCGCCUGUCCCCGGGGGCACCUUGGAGGCCCGAGCAACAGCCCCGCCCGCCCCUCCGACUCCACACGCCCCUCCCAGCUUUUUUGUCCCCCAGAUCCCACCCCAGGCCCCAGCCCCGAGUACCUUCUGGGGGCCCCAGGCCUGGGAAGGGAGGCCGCACGCCCCGGGCCUGGUGAGCUGGGCUGAGCCUGAACAGAGGCCAGAGCCCAGCAUGAAUCUGGGGAGCCCCCCCGCCCGAAGACAGCGGCCAGGGAGCCCUGACCCCGAGUGGGGCCUCCAGCCUCGGGUCACCCUGGAGGACAUCUCAGCUUUCUGGAGGCGAGAGAGCCGCACCAGCGUGGGCUUCUGAACCCCCGAGCCCGGGGACUGGCCUCCCAGACGCCUCUGAGCGAGGCCCGACCUCAGAGCUCCCGCCGGGAACCCAGCUGACACCCGAGGCCGGGAAGGAGGCCGGGGAAAGAGGCCGGGCGUUUCACACCCGGAGUUCAGUUCGGCGGGGUCUGGUCUGGGCAGGCGGGUGUGGACACAGCCUGUGCUGCAGGCGAAGCUCGAGGUGCUUCUGCUUAGCUGCCUGCAGCGUGGCGGUGGGGAGGACUCUGGGCCAGAAGCCGCCGAGGUCACGUUCCUGAUAAAGAAUUCAAGGUAGGAGGCCGGCAGGAAAGAGCAUGGCCAGCGGCUUCCGCCUCCCCGGCUGUGUGUCCAGGUGCCGCUGCCGGCGGUGCUAGCAGAUGGCAGGAGCCCGGCUUCCGGAGCCACAAACCCCGCCGGGAAAACACAGGCGGGGAGGCCAGACCAGCAAAGGAGCCUCUUACGGAAAACGCACCGAGACUUUGACCCCAGCGCAGAGCGCAGACGAGGGGAGCCAAGCUGAGAGGCCGCUCUGCCUUCAGCCGGGGUCCAGAGCCGGAUAAGCCAGCGGGUCCUCUGCCGUCUCUGAAGGCUGACACCCAGCCCGCGGCGUCUUACCCCCCCUCCCCCGCCCCCCAUCGUGGGGGAGGCCUGGGCCGAGGACAUCUGAGGUUGAACCAACAUGGAAAACCGUCCCAGGGCAGGGCAGCUCCCAAAACGCAGCCUCUGGCAACCUCCCCCCCCCCCACACCUGUCCCCCUCCCCAGGCUGGCCGGAGUGUUCCAGAGAGACAGGUCCCCCCAGGCAGGCUUACUUAUAAGGCUCCAGCUCCACCUGGAGAAACGGAGCCCCCAAAUGUCCUUGGCCCCAUAGCACCCGUCUCAGCUGACCUCGCUGGAGCAGAGCCAGGGGCCGGGAGAGGCCAAGGAGUUUUCACUCCAAACUGCGGUCAUGACUGUUAGGGUUCUUGCCAUAUCGGUUUACCAACUGCACUAUUAUUUACUUUAUAUUUUCUUUGAAUUGGUUUACUGUUUGCUUAAUAAAUGUAUUGUAGAAGGAAUAUUUCUUGUAUCACCUCUGUAAAUGGAAAACCAGUAUCACUUGCCAUAAAUAGAAAGUCAAAUAAAUACAUUGUAAACAAAGACA